CAAUCAUAGGGCUGAUUUAUCGUGAUCCGGCCCCUCCUGUGUCUCUCCUAGCUUGUUUACACGAGCGCUCGGCUUGAGACGCACGGGAGCGCUGCGUAGCGUCUAAUUGCUUUUCUCAAUCCUUCUGCGGAGAGACAACCGCGCUGUAGAGCGCCGCAACCACAAUGGCCUUCAUACGGAGUAUAAUACCAACAGCACUAUGCAUGCUCGCGACUCAGGUGUCGGCAGCCUCGAUGGCCGCAUGGUGGACGGAUUUGGGACCAAGUCUGUUGGUCCAGGACGACGAAAGUGGAGGAAUUCGAUAUAGUCUAUGUACAAGCCAAGAUACGCCCAUCUUACCAGAGGAUAAAACCAUCACGGCGCCGCUCUAUAAGUUCAAACCCAAGAACGGGACUGCUAUAGCAGGAACUGGUUGGUGGGACACUAAGAUCACCUGGGCAUCCGUCUUUUAUCAAGAUGAGAGUGACAACUUGAUUAACUCCUAUCUGAAAUGCGACCCCAAUACUGGCUAUUGGUUGAACCAGGGUGACUGGAUCAUUUCAGGUGAUGCCCCGUCCGUCUCAUCGAGCACAGGCCUCGCAGCUGUGCUCCUCGGGGCCACUGGCGGCUAUCGCGUUUAUUAUCACGACGCAAAUAUGACAAUACGGCAGCUUGGAUAUACAUCAGAUACAAACUGGGCCGACAAGGGUCCUGUUUCUCAAGACGAAGGACUGGGCAAUGCCAUUGGAGCCAUUUGGGUCCAGAAAACCAACAAUAUCACUGUUGCCACAGCCAAGGACAACGAGAACAUCGAGAUUAGCCGCUGGAUGUCGGAUGAUUCGUGGCAUGUCUCGACCUUCCCGCGCCCGCUUGCCGGUAACUUGACUACAGACUCAACCAAUGCAACCUCCAUCUCCCUCAACGAGACCAGCACCCUGAAUUUCACCCUCCCUGCCUGGGACGGCAACCCCUCUUCGCUUGGUGUAACUUGCGACAAGGCCUAUACGCGGUCCGUUUUCUACAUCGGAACGGACUCGGAGCUCUAUCAAAUCGCCAACGUGGGCUACAAUUGGCGUGAAUACGCCCGCCCAAACUCGACCCUUUGGCCCACAGCCGACAAUGCUAAAGGCCAGUUGGCUGUGGCCUCCAAGUUCGAAACCAGCCAGUUGCGCGUAUACUAUGAAAGCGGCGGUCAGGUGAUGGAGUUGAACGGUGACAACAACGAGUGGACAGCAGCCGCCGUUCUGCCAAACGACAACUCAACUGCAAUGAGCACCUCGACACCCAGCAGUAGCGCAAAUUCGAGUGCAAGCGCCAGUUCCUCCACAGAUGCGAGUGAUGGGUUAUCCACUGGGGCGAAAGUUGGCGUCGGCGUCGGUGUAAGCUUGGGUGUUGUUGCGCUCGGUGGCAUGUUGGGAGCCCUGUUUCUGCUGCGCCGGCGGCAGCGACGUCGCGAUGCGGCGACUGCAGGAGGCGCAUCGACAGUUGGGGGUAGCACGAUUAUAGGAGGUUCCAGUGUCGUUCAAACGCCCGCGACGGGAUAUUCCACGGUUGGUGGAUACUCGGAAUAUGGGGCACACAACGCUGGUUAUCAACAAUACGGUGGAGGAUACGAACAUCAAGGAUAUGAACAACAAGUGCAGCAAGGCUGGAGUGGCUACAAACCGAUUGAGAAACCUAAUCCCGGCGAAUUGGAUAGUGGCAUACCGGUUGUACACGAGAUGCCGGAAGGCCGAUAUCAUCACGAAAUGAUGGGAGAAGGGCACUAUCGCGAGGCCCCGUAGAUAUGAUGUUGACAAUGUACACA